CUGCACGUCACCGAGGUCAGUGAACCGUACGUACUGCGCGUGCGUGCGUCCGACCGCAGCGGGCACUAUGGCGACGCGCAGCUCGCUCUGUACGUGGGCGACGUGAGCGCUAACGACGGCGUGCCGCGCUUCCUGCGUCCCGCCGCCAGCGACCGCCUGCACGUCACCGAGGUCAGUGAACCGUACGUACUGCGCGUGCGUGCGUCCGACCGCAGCGGGCACUAUGGCGACGCGCAGCUCGCUCUGUACGUGGGCGACGUGAGCGCUAACGACGGCGUGCCGCGCUUCCUGCGUCCCGCCGCCAGCGACCGCCUGCACGUCACCGAGGUCAGUGAACCGUACGUACUGCGCGUGCGUGCGUCCGACCGCAGCGGGCACUAUGGCGACGCGCAGCUCGCUCUGUACGUGGGCGACGUGAGCGCUAACGACGGCGUGCCGCGCUUCCUGCGUCCCGCCGCCAGCGACCGCCUGCACGUCACCGAGGUCAGUGAACCGUACGUACUGCGCGUGCGUGCGUCCGACCGCAGCGGGCACUAUGGCGACGCGCAGCUCGCUCUGUACGUGGGCGACGUGAGCGCUAACGACGGCGUGCCGCGCUUCCUGCGUCCCGCCGCCAGCGACCGCCUGCACGUCACCGAGGUCAGUGAACCGUACGUACUGCGCGUGCGUGCGUCCGACCGCAGCGGGCACUAUGGCGACGCGCAGCUCGCUCUGUACGUGGGCGACGUGAGCGCUAACGACGGCGUGCCGCGCUUCCUGCGUCCCGCCGCCAGCGACCGCCUGCACGUCACCGAGGUCAGUGAACCGUACGUACUGCGCGUGCGUGCGUCCGACCGCAGCGGGCACUAUGGCGACGCGCAGCUCGCUCUGUACGUGGGCGACGUGAGCGCUAACGACGGCGUGCCGCGCUUCCUGCGUCCCGCCGCCAGCGACCGCCUGCACGUCACCGAGGUCAGUGAACCGUACGUACUGCGCGUGCGUGCGUCCGACCGCAGCGGGCACUAUGGCGACGCGCAGCUCGCUCUGUACGUGGGCGACGUGAGCGCUAACGACGGCGUGCCGCGCUUCCUGCGUCCCGCCGCCAGCGACCGCCUGCACGUCACCGAGGUCAGUGAACCGUACGUACUGCGCGUGCGUGCGUCCGACCGCAGCGGGCACUAUGGCGACGCGCAGCUCGCUCUGUACGUGGGCGACGUGAGCGCUAACGACGGCGUGCCGCGCUUCCUGCGUCCCGCCGCCAGCGACCGCCUGCACGUCACCGAGGUCAGUGAACCGUACGUACUGCGCGUGCGUGCGUCCGACCGCAGCGGGCACUAUGGCGACGCGCAGCUCGCUCUGUACGUGGGCGACGUGAGCGCUAACGACGGCGUGCCGCGCUUCCUGCGUCCCGCCGCCAGCGACCGCCUGCACGUCACCGAGGUCAGUGAACCGUACGUACUGCGCGUGCGUGCGUCCGACCGCAGCGGGCACUAUGGCGACGCGCAGCUCGCUCUGUACGUGGGCGACGUGAGCGCUAACGACGGCGUGCCGCGCUUCCUGCGUCCCGCCGCCAGCGACCGCCUGCACGUCACCGAGGUCAGUGAACCGUACGUACUGCGCGUGCGUGCGUCCGACCGCAGCGGGCACUAUGGCGACGCGCAGCUCGCUCUGUACGUGGGCGACGUGAGCGCUAACGACGGCGUGCCGCGCUUCCUGCGUCCCGCCGCCAGCGACCGCCUGCACGUCACCGAGGUCAGUGAACCGUACGUACUGCGCGUGCGUGCGUCCGACCGCAGCGGGCACUAUGGCGACGCGCAGCUCGCUCUGUACGUGGGCGACGUGAGCGCUAACGACGGCGUGCCGCGCUUCCUGCGUCCCGCCGCCAGCGACCGCCUGCACGUCACCGAGGUCAGUGAACCGUACGUACUGCGCGUGCGUGCGUCCGACCGCAGCGGGCACUAUGGCGACGCGCAGCUCGCUCUGUACGUGGGCGACGUGAGCGCUAACGACGGCGUGCCGCGCUUCCUGCGUCCCGCCGCCAGCGACCGCCUGCACGUCACCGAGGUCAGUGAACCGUACGUACUGCGCGUGCGUGCGUCCGACCGCAGCGGGCACUAUGGCGACGCGCAGCUCGCUCUGUACGUGGGCGACGUGAGCGCUAACGACGGCGUGCCGCGCUUCCUGCGUCCCGCCGCCAGCGACCGCCUGCACGUCACCGAGGUCAGUGAACCGUACGUACUGCGCGUGCGUGCGUCCGACCGCAGCGGGCACUAUGGCGACGCGCAGCUCGCUCUGUACGUGGGCGACGUGAGCGCUAACGACGGCGUGCCGCGCUUCCUGCGUCCCGCCGCCAGCGACCGCCUGCACGUCACCGAGGUCAGUGAACCGUACGUACUGCGCGUGCGUGCGUCCGACCGCAGCGGGCACUAUGGCGACGCGCAGCUCGCUCUGUACGUGGGCGACGUGAGCGCUAACGACGGCGUGCCGCGCUUCCUGCGUCCCGCCGCCAGCGACCGCCUGCACGUCACCGAGGUCAGUGAACCGUACGUACUGCGCGUGCGUGCGUCCGACCGCAGCGGGCACUAUGGCGACGCGCAGCUCGCUCUGUACGUGGGCGACGUGAGCGCUAACGACGGCGUGCCGCGCUUCCUGCGUCCCGCCGCCAGCGACCGCCUGCACGUCACCGAGGUCAGUGAACCGUACGUACUGCGCGUGCGUGCGUCCGACCGCAGCGGGCACUAUGGCGACGCGCAGCUCGCUCUGUACGUGGGCGACGUGAGCGCUAACGACGGCGUGCCGCGCUUCCUGCGUCCCGCCGCCAGCGACCGCCUGCACGUCACCGAGGUCAGUGAACCGUACGUACUGCGCGUGCGUGCGUCCGACCGCAGCGGGCACUAUGGCGACGCGCAGCUCGCUCUGUACGUGGGCGACGUGAGCGCUAACGACGGCGUGCCGCGCUUCCUGCGUCCCGCCGCCAGCGACCGCCUGCACGUCACCGAGGUCAGUGAACCGUACGUACUGCGCGUGCGUGCGUCCGACCGCAGCGGGCACUAUGGCGACGCGCAGCUCGCUCUGUACGUGGGCGACGUGAGCGCUAACGACGGCGUGCCGCGCUUCCUGCGUCCCGCCGCCAGCGACCGCCUGCACGUCACCGAGGUCAGUGAACCGUACGUACUGCGCGUGCGUGCGUCCGACCGCAGCGGGCACUAUGGCGACGCGCAGCUCGCUCUGUACGUGGGCGACGUGAGCGCUAACGACGGCGUGCCGCGCUUCCUGCGUCCCGCCGCCAGCGACCGCCUGCACGUCACCGAGGUCAGUGAACCGUACGUACUGCGCGUGCGUGCGUCCGACCGCAGCGGGCACUAUGGCGACGCGCAGCUCGCUCUGUACGUGGGCGACGUGAGCGCUAACGACGGCGUGCCGCGCUUCCUGCGUCCCGCCGCCAGCGACCGCCUGCACGUCACCGAGGUCAGUGAACCGUACGUACUGCGCGUGCGUGCGUCCGACCGCAGCGGGCACUAUGGCGACGCGCAGCUCGCUCUGUACGUGGGCGACGUGAGCGCUAACGACGGCGUGCCGCGCUUCCUGCGUCCCGCCGCCAGCGACCGCCUGCACGUCACCGAGGUCAGUGAACCGUACGUACUGCGCGUGCGUGCGUCCGACCGCAGCGGGCACUAUGGCGACGCGCAGCUCGCUCUGUACGUGGGCGACGUGAGCGCUAACGACGGCGUGCCGCGCUUCCUGCGUCCCGCCGCCAGCGACCGCCUGCACGUCACCGAGGUCAGUGAACCGUACGUACUGCGCGUGCGUGCGUCCGACCGCAGCGGGCACUAUGGCGACGCGCAGCUCGCUCUGUACGUGGGCGACGUGAGCGCUAACGACGGCGUGCCGCGCUUCCUGCGUCCCGCCGCCAGCGACCGCCUGCACGUCACCGAGGUCAGUGAACCGUACGUACUGCGCGUGCGUGCGUCCGACCGCAGCGGGCACUAUGGCGACGCGCAGCUCGCUCUGUACGUGGGCGACGUGAGCGCUAACGACGGCGUGCCGCGCUUCCUGCGUCCCGCCGCCAGCGACCGCCUGCACGUCACCGAGGUCAGUGAACCGUACGUACUGCGCGUGCGUGCGUCCGACCGCAGCGGGCACUAUGGCGACGCGCAGCUCGCUCUGUACGUGGGCGACGUGAGCGCUAACGACGGCGUGCCGCGCUUCCUGCGUCCCGCCGCCAGCGACCGCCUGCACGUCACCGAGGUCAGUGAACCGUACGUACUGCGCGUGCGUGCGUCCGACCGCAGCGGGCACUAUGGCGACGCGCAGCUCGCUCUGUACGUGGGCGACGUGAGCGCUAACGACGGCGUGCCGCGCUUCCUGCGUCCCGCCGCCAGCGACCGCCUGCACGUCACCGAGGUCAGUGAACCGUACGUACUGCGCGUGCGUGCGUCCGACCGCAGCGGGCACUAUGGCGACGCGCAGCUCGCUCUGUACGUGGGCGACGUGAGCGCUAACGACGGCGUGCCGCGCUUCCUGCGUCCCGCCGCCAGCGACCGCCUGCACGUCACCGAGGUCAGUGAACCGUACGUACUGCGCGUGCGUGCGUCCGACCGCAGCGGGCACUAUGGCGACGCGCAGCUCGCUCUGUACGUGGGCGACGUGAGCGCUAACGACGGCGUGCCGCGCUUCCUGCGUCCCGCCGCCAGCGACCGCCUGCACGUCACCGAGGUCAGUGAACCGUACGUACUGCGCGUGCGUGCGUCCGACCGCAGCGGGCACUAUGGCGACGCGCAGCUCGCUCUGUACGUGGGCGACGUGAGCGCUAACGACGGCGUGCCGCGCUUCCUGCGUCCCGCCGCCAGCGACCGCCUGCACGUCACCGAGGUCAGUGAACCGUACGUACUGCGCGUGCGUGCGUCCGACCGCAGCGGGCACUAUGGCGACGCGCAGCUCGCUCUGUACGUGGGCGACGUGAGCGCUAACGACGGCGUGCCGCGCUUCCUGCGUCCCGCCGCCAGCGACCGCCUGCACGUCACCGAGGUCAGUGAACCGUACGUACUGCGCGUGCGUGCGUCCGACCGCAGCGGGCACUAUGGCGACGCGCAGCUCGCUCUGUACGUGGGCGACGUGAGCGCUAACGACGGCGUGCCGCGCUUCCUGCGUCCCGCCGCCAGCGACCGCCUGCACGUCACCGAGGUCAGUGAACCGUACGUACUGCGCGUGCGUGCGUCCGACCGCAGCGGGCACUAUGGCGACGCGCAGCUCGCUCUGUACGUGGGCGACGUGAGCGCUAACGACGGCGUGCCGCGCUUCCUGCGUCCCGCCGCCAGCGACCGCCUGCACGUCACCGAGGUCAGUGAACCGUACGUACUGCGCGUGCGUGCGUCCGACCGCAGCGGGCACUAUGGCGACGCGCAGCUCGCUCUGUACGUGGGCGACGUGAGCGCUAACGACGGCGUGCCGCGCUUCCUGCGUCCCGCCGCCAGCGACCGCCUGCACGUCACCGAGGUCAGUGAACCGUACGUACUGCGCGUGCGUGCGUCCGACCGCAGCGGGCACUAUGGCGACGCGCAGCUCGCUCUGUACGUGGGCCACGUGAGCGCUAACGACGGCGUGCCGCGCUUCCUGCGUCCCGCCGCCAGCGACCGCCUGCACGUCACCGAGGUCAGUGAACCGUACGUACUGCGCGUGCGUGCGUCCGACCGCAGCGGGCACUAUGGCGACGCGCAGCUCGCUCUGUACGUGGGCGACGUGAGCGCUAACGACGGCGUGCCGCGCUUCCUGCGUCCCGCCGCCAGCGACCGCCUGCACGUCACCGAGGUCAGUGAACCGUACGUACUGCGCGUGCGUGCGUCCGACCGCAGCGGGCACUAUGGCGACGCGCAGCUCGCUCUGUACGUGGGCGACGUGAGCGCUAACGACGGCGUGCCGCGCUUCCUGCGUCCCGCCGCCAGCGACCGCCUGCACGUCACCGAGAACGCAACGAUCGGCACAGUGGUGUUCCAAGUGGUGGCGAGCGACCCCGACGACCCCACGCAGCCUUCCGGUCAGCUGCUCUACUCAAUACAGGAGGGCAACGCCGACGCAAAGGCGUUUGCUAUUGACCCUCAAACUGGUGUAAUCACGACGCGGCAGAGCCUGGACCGCGAGCGGCAGGGCGCGUACACGCUGGUGGUGUGCGCCACGGACCGCGGCGCGCCGCCGCAGCAGGCCACGCGCGUCGUCAGCAUCGCGCUCGACGAUGUCGACGACCACAAGCCGCACUUCGCCAGGGCCCUGGACGAUCCUCCAAUCCUAAUGACAACGAAGGAGGAAGUGCCCAUUGGCACAGUCAUCGGAAAACUUGAAGCCGUAGACGAAGACAUCGGAGAAAACGCUGCUAUAGACUACGCCAUUACAGCUGGCAACGAGUUCGCUUUGGUGAAGUUGGAACGUACAAAUGACAGCAAGGCGCUGAUAAUAGCGGCCGCCAGGCUGGACAGAGAGAGCGUAUCCAGGCUUUUGCUCACAAUCAAAUGCUUCAAAUAUGACACUACUCCGAAAUUAAACAAGAGUUACAAUCGUUUGGAUCCAUCAGAGAUCCAAGUGCUGGUCAAAAUAUUGGACAUCGACGAUCACUUGCCGGAUUUCGGCAGCCAGAACCUCACCGUUGGCAUCCGACUUAAUGUUCCCGUCGACACGGUCGUUGCUACAGUGCGUGCCAUAGACAAGGACCCGGAUGCUCUGCCCAUAGAUUAUAAGAUUGUCAAUAUGAGCUUCGAGUCCCCUAUCAAAUCUAAGUCCUUACUACUCCUAAACAACUUAACUGAUGUGAUGGUUUUGGACAAUGUCACGGGAGAACUCAAAAUAAUGAAGAAUCUGUUACACUAUGCAGAUGGCAUUUUUAGAUUGGUGAUCCGUGCUAACAAUUCACAAGAGGCCGAUCGCUACAGCGAUUUAAUGGUGGAGGUGGUGGUCGUGCGGGAGAGGGAUCUGCUGCGGCUGGCGCUGGGCGGGCGGGCCCGCUUGGGCGAGCUGCGCGCGCGUCUUGCCGCCCUGCUGCAGGGACAAAACCUGCGCCUCCAGUUGCACGACGCACCACACUCCGCCUUCUACGAUACCGCCGGACCAUGCUUCCAAUUCCGUAAAAUGGACACUGGGGAGGCACUCACGCCUAAAGCGAUGAAGGCGACAAUUCGAAAACUCGAUACCGAGUUCCAACAGAUACUUGAAGAGUUCGAAGUUCGGAACAUCACCGGCUGCGGUGCGACGCGCGUGAAACACACGCCCGCACAGCACGCGCUGCUGGGGCUGGCGGGCGCACUACCGCUCGCAGCACUUGUGGCGACGCUUGUACUGUGCUGCAUGCAUUCUAGCGCAAAGAGACGAGCCCGCUCGGGUCUGCUGAGUGCCCGGGAGGCAGCUAGUCACGUGUCAGCGCCGUCUCGUCUCUAUGCAGAACCGCUAUACUCAACCUGA